AUGUCCUUAUUUACAGAUAUUAAAUUACCAACUGGUGAAACAUAUAAACAACCAAUUGGGUUAUUCAUCAAUAAUGAAUUUGUUAAAUCUCAUUCAGAUGAAUUAAUUGAAACUAUUAAUCCAACAAAUGGUGAAUUAAUUACAUCAGUUUAUGCUGCUAAUGAACAAGAUAUUGAUAUUGCAGUUAAAGCUGCUCGUGAAGCAUAUGAAACUAAAUGGUCCAAGACUUCUGGUGUUGAAAGAGGUGAAUUAUUAUAUAGAUUAGCUGAAUUGAUUGAACAAGAAAGAGAUAUUUUAGCCAAGAUUGAUUCAUUAGAUGCAGGUAAACCAUAUGAAUCAAAUUCUCAAAGUGAUUUAUCACAAAUUAUUGAAUUAACAAAAUAUUUUGCCGGUUAUUCAGAUAAAAUUAAAGGUUCAUAUUUACCAAUCUCUGAUGAAAAAUUUGUUUAUGAAAUUAAAGAACCUUAUGGAGUUGUUGGACAAAUUGUUCCAUGGAAUUACCCAUUAGCAAUGGCAUCAUGGAAAAUUCAAAGUGCUUUAGCUGCUGGUAAUACAAUUGUUAUUAAAUCUGCCGAGAAUACACCAUUAUCUCUAUUAUAUUUUGGUCAAUUGAUUGUUAAAGCUGGGUUCCCACCAGGUGUUGUUAAUAUAAUUAGUGGAUUAGGUUCAAUUGCUGGAUCUGCAAUUGCAUCACAUGAAGAUGUUGAUAAAAUUGCAUUUACAGGUUCAACUCAAGUUGGUAAACAUAUUCAACAAGCUGCUACAUCAAAUUUAAAAGCUGUUACAUUAGAAUGUGGUGGGAAAUCACCUUCUGUAGUUUUCAAAGAUUCAAAUUUAUCAAAUGCUGCUAAAUGGAGUGCCUUGGGUAUUUUUUAUAAUACUGGACAAAAUUGUACUGCAAAUUCAAGAAUUUUAGUUGAAGAAGAAGUUUAUGAUGAAUUUUUAACUCUUUUCCAAGAAGAAAUCAAGAAAAAUUGGAUUGUUGGUGAUCCAUUUGAUGAUAAAACUACAGUUGGUCCAUUGAUUUCCAAAGUUCAAUUAGAUAGAGUUCAAAGUUAUAUUAAACAUGGUGAAGAAGUUGAAAAAUUAUCAAAAUUAGAAGUUGGUGAUUCUGCAAUUUAUAAAGAACAAAAAGGUUGGUUUCAAAAUCCAAUUAUUUUCAAAGAUGUACCAACAGAUUCAAAAUUAUUUCAAGAAGAAAUUUUUGGACCAGUUGUUACAAUAACUAAAUUUUCAGGGUUUGAAGAUGGUUUAACCAAGGCAAAUAAUACUAAAUAUGGACUUGGUUCUGCAGUUUUCACAAAUAAUAUUCAAAAAGCUCAUAAAUUUGGUAGAGGAUUGAAAGCAGGUACAGUUUGGAUAAAUUCUUCAAAUGAUGAAGAUAUUAGAGCUAGUUUUGGUGGGUAUAAAUUAAGUGGUAUUGGUAGAGAAUUAGGAGAAAGUGGGAUUGAAGUUUAUACUCAAACAAAAGCCAUUCAUGUUAAUUUAUCAGAAGAGUGA